AUGCGGCUUGUAGACCGCCCGUCCCGCGCCUGGCUCGAGCGAGAGAAGCUUUCCCAGCUGCUGCGAUCGUGCUCAAACCUCGAGCAAGGGAAGCAGAUCCACGCUCGCGCGCGCCGGAUCGAUCUCGAGAAGACGCCACUCCUCGCAAGCCUCCUCAUCUCAAUGUAUACCCGGUGUGGGGAUCUGGAUUCUGCUAGGCAGCUCUUUCAAUCGACACCACAGCCAGAUAUACAUGCCAGGAACUCAUUAAUCACAACGUACGCCAGAAUCCGAGAAAUUGCCGACGCCAAGAAGCUCUUCGACGAAGCUCCGGGGAGAAACUCGGCGUCUUGGGCUGUCAUGGUGACGGCAUUUGUCGGGAGUGGUGAUUUGGAAACUGCGCUGGACGCUUUUAAUCGAGCGCCUGGAAGAACUCUAGCGAUGUCCACAAGCAUGAUCGCCGCCAGUGGCCAGAUCGACUGCGCCAGAGAAGUAUUUGAUGAGAUGCUCGAAAGGGAUCUAAUCGCUUGGAAUGCUAUGGUCAGUGCGUAUGCCCUCGCCGGGCAAGUGGAUCAAGCGCGCAUGGUGCUGGAGAGAAUGCCCGCCCACAGCGUGGCAUCGUGCUCGCCGUUGAUCCACGCCUACGCAUCCAACGGCGAUGUUGCGAGCGCCAGGGGCCUAUACGGCCGCGUUGCUGGUGGCGAGAGCCCGGUACUUUGUACGGCGGUGGCGAGGUUGCUGUGUUCUUGGGAAUUUUUCCAGGAGCUGGGCGGGAGGAAUGUGAUCUCCUGGACGGCGCUGCUGGAUUCCAGCGCGCAGGCCGGCGAUCUGGACUGCGCCCUCAGGGUCUUCGAGGCGAUGCCGCAGAGGGACGCGAUUGCGUGGGGAUCGAUGAUCACGGCGCUCGCGCGCGCCGGGGAUCCCGAUCGCGCGAAAACGGUGUUUGAAUCGAUGCCCGAGAGGGAUCUCGCGGCGUGGACCACGAUGAUCAAGGCAUUUGGGGAUCACGCCGACAAUGGGCGCCGCGCGGAAGAGGUCUAUCAGCGGAUGCCCAGCCACGACGCCGUGGCAGCAGCGGCGAUGAUCACAGCCUUUGCGCAGUGCGGGCAUUUGCGCGAGUCGAGGGCCCUCUUCGCGUCGAUCCCCGAGUGGAAUCUCGAUCGGGGCUCCUGGAACACGAUGAUCGCGGCGUGCGCGCGAUACGAGCGCGGCAGAGAGGUAGUCGAGCUGCUGCGAUCGAUGCGCUGCGAGGGCGAGGAUCCGGACGAGGUCUCUUUCGUGGCGGCGCUGCUCGCGCACAGCCACACCGGAAUGCUGGAGGCCGCGGGCGCGCUGUUCCGGUCGAUGAGAUCGGAUCACUGGCUUGAUCCAUCGCAGGAGCACUAUUGGGCAAUGAUCGACGUCCUGGCGAGAGUGGGAAGGAUUGCCGACGCCGAGGAGCUCGUUAACACCAUGCCAUUUCUUCCCGAUGAUGUGGCAUGGGCAACGCUGCAGAGGAUCGAUUGCGGUAGCAGCGAUGUCGCGGCCGAUCGCGCGCUGGGACUGAAUCCCAGGAAUGGGGCUGCGUAUGUUCUCCUGGCCAGCAACUUAAGAAGAACGAAGGAGAAUAUACCGGAAUCUUAG